AACUCAUAAAAACAUUCGGGGAAAUGUAAUCUCCUUCAAAAUUGUCCCUCUUUUGGGAGUUCGAGCCCAGGAGGUUCAGCUGGCUCAGAUGACCAUGAAUUCGAUCCUUCUGCGGAGAUGCUGAUACACGACUAUGAUGAUGAGCGGACGCUGGAGGAAGAGGAACUGAUGGAAGGGGAAACCAAUUUUAGGACUGAGAUUGAAGAUCUUGCUCGGGAAGGUGAUAUGCCGAUUCAGGAGCUCCUUAGUUUGUAUGGCUAUAGGACUGGAGGAUCUCCUGAGCAAGAGGAGGAUGGAGAGGUAGAAGAGGAGGAGGAGGAGGAGGAGGAGGAAGAAGAGGAGGAAGAUGAGGAGUUGGAGGAUGUGGAUAAUGACGAGAAUAGUGGCAGCAGUGGGGACAUGCAGGGGACUAAGGAGGAGAGAAUUAAAGAUUCUUCAGGACAAGAGGAUGAGACCCAGUCCUCCAACGAUGACCAGGCACAAUCUGUCACUUCCCAUGAUACGUCUGAGUUAAUCCGCCCACGAAGAUGUAAAUACUUUGAAAGUAAUGAUGCUGAAGAAGAAUCAGAAGAGGAUGAAGAUUAUAUUCCAUCUGAAGAUUGGAAAAAAGAGAUCAUGGUUGGCUCCAUGUACCAGGCUGAAACUCCAUCUGGCCUUUGCAAAUAUAAAGAGAAUCAGAAAGUGUAUGAAAACGAUGACCAAUUACUGUGGAAUCCAGAAUUUGUGCCUGAAGAUAAAGUAGUAGAGUUCUUGACUGAAGCUUCAAAACGCUCUGGUGAAGAAAAGGGAGUUGAAGCUGUUCCUGAAGGAUGUCAUAUCAAGGACAGUGAACAGGCACUGUAUGAGCUGGUAAAGUGUAAUUUUGAUACUGAAGAAGCACUACGAAGACUAAGAUUUAAUGUAAAAGCUGCCAGAGACGAACUGUCAGUAUGGACAGAGGAAGAAUGUAGGAAUUUUGAACAAGGACUAAAGGCAUAUGGAAAAGAUUUUCACCUGAUCCAAGGGAACAAGGUGAGAACUAGAUCAGUAGGAGAAUGUGUGGCCUUUUAUUACAUGUGGAAGAAAUCUGAGCGUUAUGAUUUCUUUGCACAGCAAACCAGACUUGGAAAAAGGAAAUACAAUCUUCAUCCUGGUGUCACGGAUUACAUGGACCGUCUCCUAGAUGAAACUGAAAGUGCUGCAUCAAGUCGUGCAGCUUCUCCACCCCCUACUACCUCCAACAGCAGUGCCAGCCAUUCAGAGAGGGACGACGGCAGUAAUCAGAACGGAAUAGCUGCUCAUGACCCAGCUGAAGCAUUGUCCUGUUUGAAUGAAGUUAAAAUUGAAGGUUUAUUGGCAAAUGGACCAGCCAAUCACACCCAAGAAUCACCUCCUAUAGAAAAAGACAUGAAUGGCUAUAGCAAACAGGACUCCCUGCCCGAUAGAGAAUGUGCCAUUGUGACUGAAGGUAAUGACAACAGUAAGCAUGAGGAAAACUAUGAUAAACCUACUAAGAGAAGGAGGCUUGACCAUAAUGUCUCCAGUGAGAUGGAUAACCCUGGUACCUCUGCACAAGAGACAAGUUCUGGUGUCAAACCUGAAGAAUCUAACACAAAAUGACGGAAUUCAUAGAAUGGCUUUUGAAGAGCAUAACCAAAUCCUUGGCAGAAAUAAAGCUGGGCUUCCAGAACCUUCAGGGUUUACCAGUGAACAGCCAAGAAUAAGUUUGAUUGUAAUUUGCGUGUACCUGCUACAUGCAAUCAGAUUCUUAUAACUUCAGACAAAAUAACGUUGCUAUUAAAUCUUAAAAGCUACAUUAUGCCCUUUCAUAGACCUAUUGACAUUUUUAAUCUGUAUUUCCUGUUUGCAUCAGAAAUUCUUACUAAUAUUUUUGUACUUUAAAAGAUAUUUAUAUUUUUACUAAGUGUAUGAUGGGGGAAAAUUGCUCUUAAGCCAUCUGAUGUAAGAGGUCACUGUUGGGCAAACCAGAAGUCUCUUACAAUGAAAAAAAAAAGGAUACAGUAGCUCUAUUGGCACACAAUCUUGCACUUUCUUGUACAAGAGUGUAGUUAACUGACUGCACAUCAUUUAAGCAAAUAAGAAAAUAUUCUAAAUCCUGGAAGCCUUACAUGUACAGUACUCGCUUGUUUUUAUAGGAAACAAAUGAGCCUAUGUGUCCAUAUGGCUUGUUUAUCUAAAUGUCUUGACAUCAGUGAUGUCUUGUAUAUUAGUGAUUUAUUCUGGCAUAUAAAAUACAUCCAGUAUUUUUGCAGAUUCUUUGUAGACUUUUGAAAAUGAUUGUUUUUUAGAAAGUACUUAAAUUGUGUCCUUUCUGUAAAGCUUGUAUAUUAGUUUCUGUUUCUUGUACAGUUCUUACACUUAUCAUGAAACAAAAUAUAUAUAAUACUAAGAAUAGAGGUGAGCCUCUGUAUUGGCAAAAGCUUUCUUGUUGACAGGUUGUUUUGGUGUAGUUUCCUUUGAAAAAUGUGCUGGUGAGAUUUGACAUUCCUUAUUUCUGAUGUCUUGCACAUGUUAGUUGUCAAACCAAAUUGUAACUGGCAUAUGACAAGCAGCAUCGGUUGUUCAUUGAAUUUGUAUUUGAUGCAUUGAAUAAUAAUAAUCAUUUUUUAAAAGCAGUCUAAAUUAAGAACUACCUGACUCAAGAGUGCAAAACUCUGCUGUUUUUAACUUGAUUAGAAAAUGUUUUAAUACCAACAACUGCAACAAUGUUUCAGUUCUUUAUGCUAUGUGCAAUGAAAAUGUAGUUCUAAUUUGUGCUCAAUCAAACACCACUUGUUUCUUGGCCUGAAAGAUGCACUGUGGCCAUGCAAACUCACAUGUAUCCUAAAAUUGCCUAAAUGUUAAGUUCUUAGUUUAUGUUCUGGUUAUUGCAAAAUAAAAUGUUCAUAUUUU